CGUGCAGCCCGUGUGUGUGACUGCAGAGAGACUGAAGAUCAGCUGUUUAAAAUGCUGCUGAGUCAAAGAAGAACAAGAUGUCGGGAGAUAACGGGACCGACGCCUCACUCCGUGGCCGUGAGAGCAAAGUUCCCGUCCCAGAGACCUGCGGACCAGCUGAUCCUGGACAGACAGAAACAGGACGCUGCUCGAGACAAAGUCCUGGACUUCGCUAAGUCCCAGCGGAGCUGCGACAUCAAGACUUCAUGGCUGAAGAGUUCAGAGCGCCGUUUCCUGACAGGAACCAUCGAGAGACAAGUCCGAGCUGCUCUGGACCAACAGAAGGUCCACGUGGACGAGAGGAGGGACAGGCUGCGUGUCCUGUUGGAGACGGAGGAGCAGCAGCUCCUGCAGGAGAUGGAGGAGAAGACAGAGACUUUGGUGGAGAGACAAGCGAAGAUGAGACAACAGGUGAAGACACUGAGAGACAGGAGAGAAAGAGACAGACAGCAGCUGGUCUCAGACAAACUGGAGCAGCUCUUCAGGGGUCAGUGCGAGGAGCUGCGCAGUGAGCUGAUGCGGCGCAGAGAGCAGCAGGUGUGUCAGGAGCGAGCAGCUCAGGUGAGGAGCGGACAGGAGCAGCGGCGGCUGCAGCAGCAGGAAGAGAGGAUGUUUGAUGAGCUGUGGGAGGCGGACAGACGAGGCAAAGUGGACAGAGAGACGGAGAGAGCGCAGAGACAGCAGCAGAGGAACAGGAAGCAGCUGGACGUCAUCAGGAGUCAGAUGGACGAGGCGGAGCAGCAGAGACAGAGGAGCAGGGAGCUGAGAGCAGAGGAGGCUGCGCUCAUGCUGCAGCAGCAGCAGAUGCAGCGGCUGCAGCAGCAGCGCCAGCAGCAGACGAUGCUGCAGCAGCAGCAGGGCAGACGGCGGCAGCUGGAUCAGUGUCUGCGGCUGAAGAUGAAGCGUCUGGCUCGAGAGCAGCAGGACGAGCUGCAGCUGGACAUGAACAUCCUGCAGACGCUGCUCCAACAGGAAACUGAUGACAAACAGGAAGCUGCUCACAAGAAGGCUGAGCUGCGUGAGGAGCAGUGGAGGUACCAGCAGUAUUUGUCUGAGGAGCUGCAGAAGCAGAGGAGGGAGGAGGAGGAGACGGAGCAGCUGAUGGAGGAGAAACUGAAGGAGGUUUGGGCUAAAAGAGAGGAGCAGAGCCGACUGCAGCGAGAGGCCAGAAACAGACUGAUGGAGGAGGUGGUGGAGGCUCGACGUCUGCAGAUCCAACACAAACUGGACCUGAACACACAGAAACAGGCAGAGCUGUCUGCAGAGAGAGACGAGCUGAACAGAGUGAUGGAGGAGAUGAAGCUGAUGGAGGAGGAGGACAGGAGAUGUCAGAAGCAGAGCUCCGAGGCGUACCAGGCCGACCUGAAGGCUCAGAUCGAGGCUCAGCAGCGGCGCCGCAGUGAGCAGAGAGCUCAGGAGGAGAGGGAGCAGCAGCAGGGUGUGAUCCUGCAGCAGCUGUACGAACAGAGGAAAGACCACAUCCUGUCCAGACCUACGUCUCACACCAGCGCCCCCCAUCCGUUCAGACGAACAGAGGGAUGCACCAGGUCUGCCUCCAGACAGCAACACACAGGGUCAGCCUGCGCAGCCCCACGUUACUCUGAUGGUUUAUAUGAAUAAAAGUCUGUCCACAUUGUGAGCUUCACCUUCAGUCCUUUCACACAGAGUUCCCACAGAUCCUUACAGACUUUCCAAACCUGUGUUAAACUGUAGGAACCCUGUAACGAGACACAACCAAACGACUUCUAGAUAACAGCUUCCAGACCUCAACAUUUAUGUUCCAAAGAAAAGUGAGUGUUGUGGCAUAAGCCAGUUUAUUGUGAUAAUUUGAGCUGCACUUGCGCACUAGUCAGCAGAGGGCGCUGCUGACUGUUGGUUGUUGUUGUUAACCAGAGUUGAAAUAAAGACCAUGGCUGCUGCUGCCAAGAGUAUGCUCUUCUCUUUCGUCUGUUUAGCUUCUUAAAACUUAAGUUAAGCUCUUCACAAGUGUUUCCAGUAUCAACAGCUGUGAGGACUUCCUGAGAGCUGCACCCUGUCGGGGGUUUUAUCCUGUUUGCAUUCACACGGCUGAUCCAAACGCUGACGUGCCGUCCUGUGAAGCCUGAUUUAUGUUUCAACAGUUUGAAGAGUUGCUCAACAGAAAUAUUUUCAACAUCGCUCACCUGUAGAGUUCUGUUAUGUUGCAGACGACCAGUGUGGAUUUCAUUGAUGAAAAUUACGAUUCGGUGAAACACAGGGCGGCAGAUGUGCUUA